AUGGCGGCGCCCUCCCUCAGCCGCGCCGCCCUCGGCGCCCCCCGGGUUUUGGGGGGUCCCGGGGGUCCCCGGGCCCGGCCCCGGGCCUGCAGCAGCGGGGGGACCCCGGCGGGGACCCCCGGGACCCCGGCCUGGGACGGCGCCGAGCUCGCGCGGCUGCGCGGCCGCGAGCAGCGGGAGAGGCGGCAGCGGCUGAGGAGGGAGCGCGGCCGGGACGGGGCGGCGGGGAAGGAGCCGCAGGCCCUCCCCAAGGGCUGGAGCCCCAAGGACGAGGUGGAAUAUCGGCACCCGCUGGGGCCCGGCGGCAAAAAGGCCACGGCCGUGCCGCUGCCCCCCCGCUACAGCCCCCGCUACGUCGAGGCCGCCUGGUACCAGUGGUGGGAGAGGGGAGGGGUCUUCAGCCCCACCCCCCCCGAGCAGGCCCCGGGGGGGGCCCCGGUGCUGAGCCUGGUGCUGCCCCCCCCCAACGUCACCGGGUCCCUGCACCUGGGCCACGCCCUGACCGUGACCCUGCAGGACGUGCUGGUCCGAUGGCGGAGGAUGCAGGGCUGGAGCGUCCUGUGGGUGCCGGGCACCGACCACGCUGGCAUUGCCACCCAGGCCAUCGUGGAGCGCUGGCUCUGGCAGCAGCGGGGGCUGCGCCGGCAGGACCUGGGCCGGGCCGAGUUCCUGCGCGAGGUUUGGCGCUGGAAGGAGCGGCACGGUGACGAGAUCCUGCAGCAGCUGCGGGCGCUCGGGGCCUCGCUGGACUGGAGCCGCUGCGCCUUCACCAUGGACCCCGCCUUCUCGCGGGCGGUGACCGAGGCCUUCGUGCGCCUCUCCGGGGCGGGGCUGAUCCGGCGGGACGAGCGCGUCGUCACCUGGAGCUGCGCCCUGCGCUCGGCGCUGGCCGACGUCGAGGUGGAGCCCCGUGUCCUGACGGGCCCCACGGCGCUGAGUGUCCCCAACUGUCCCCACCCCGUCACCUUCGGCGUCCUCGUCACCUUCGCCUACCCCGUGGAGGGGGACGACGGGCUGGAGGUGCCCGUGGCCACCACUCGCCCUGAGACGCUCUUCGGGGACGUGGCCGUGGCCGUGCACCCGCAGGACCCGCGCUACCUGCACCUGCAGGGCCGCCAGGUGCGGCACCCGUUCAGCGGGGCCCUGCUGCCCGUGGUGAGCGACCCCAGCGUGCAGCCCCAGCUGGGCACCGGUGCGGUGAAGGUGACCCCCGGGCACAGCCCCCAGGACCUGGCGCUGGCCCGGGCCCACGGGCUGCCGCUGCUCUCGGUCAUCGGCGACGACGGCACCUUGUGUCCCCCGGGCGGGGGGUGGCUGCAGGGCGUGCCCCGUUUCGAGGCCCGUGCCCGCGUGGUGGCCGCGCUGGCCCAGCGGGGGCUGCUCCGGGGGGUGCAGGACCACGCCAUGACGCUGCCGCUCUGCAGCCGCUCCGGGGACGUCGUCGAGUUCCUGCUGAAGCGGCAGUGGUUCCUCAGCUGCGGGGACAUGGCCCGGGGGGCGCUGCAGGCGGUGACGUCGGGGAGGCUCCGCCUGGUGCCCAAAUUCCACGAGAAAAACUGGAAAACCUGGAUGGAGAAUGCGGGGGACUGGUGCCUCUCCCGCCAGCUCUGGUGGGGCCACCAGGUGCCGGCAUACCAGGUGAGGGGCGGUGCCCAAGGUGGCCACCAAGACCCCCGGGGUGGCCACCGGGGGGGUCCCCAGGAGGGGCCCUGGUUCGUGGGGCGCAGCGAGGCCGAGGCGCGGGCGGCGGCCGCGGGGGCCCUGGGCUGCCCCCCCGAGGAGCUGCACCUGCAGCAAGACCCCGAUGUUUUGGACACCUGGUUCUCCUCCGCCCUCUUCCCCUUCGCCGCCCUGGGCUGGCCCGAGCAGAGCCCUGACCUGAGCCGUUUCUACCCCACGUCGCUGCUGGUGACGGGCAGUGACCUCCUGUUCUUCUGGGUGGCCCGGAUGGCCAUGCUGGGCCAGCAGCUGACGGGACAGCUGCCCUUCGAGCAGGUGCUGCUGCACUCGCUGGUCCGGGACCCCCAGGGUCGCAAAAUGAGCAAAUCCCUGGGGAACGUCAUCGACCCCCGCGACGUCAUCGGGGGAGCCACGCUCCAGGAGCUGCAGGAGAAGCUCCGGACCCGAACCCUGGACCCGCAGGAGCUGCGGGCGGCCCAGGAGGGGCAGAGGCGGCAGUUCCCGCAGGGGAUCCCCGAGUGCGGCGCCGACGCCCUGAGGCUGGCCCUGAGCACCCACAACGCCCACGGCCCCGAAAUCCGCCUGGGCGUGGCCUCGGUGCUGACCCAGCGCCGCUUCUGCAACAAAGUCUGGAACGCGGUGGGCUUCGUGCUGAGGGCCCUGGAGGGGGAGAGGGACCCCCCAAAGCCCCCCGAGGAGGUGGUCCCGGUGGCCCCUCUGGACCGCUGGCUGCUGGCCCGCCUGGCCGCGGCGGUGGCCGAGUGUGGCCGCAGGCUGGGGGCCCUGGAGGUGCAGGGGGCCGUGGCCGCCGUGCAGAGCUUCUGGCUGCGCUGCCUCUGCGACGUCUACCUGGAGGUGGCCAAGGCCUCGCUGCGCUCGCCGGAGCUGCGGGCCGGCGCCGUGGCCACGCUGGCGGCCGCGGCCGAGCUGGGGCUGCGCCUCCUGGCCCCCUUCGCCCCCUUCGUGGCCGAGGAGCUCUGGCAGCGCCUGCCCCGCGCCCCCCCCGCGCCCCCCACCCUCUGCAGGGCCCCCUUCCCCGACCCCCUGCGACUGGCUCACUGGCGCAGCCCCGAGCUGGAGGCGCAGGUGGCCGCCAUGCUGGAGCUGGUCCGGGCCGUGCGGGGGCUGCGCGAGACCCUCCGGCUCGGGGGGGCCGCUCGCCCCCCAGUGCUGGUGCAGUGCCCGGAGCCGGCUCGUGAUUGGCUGGAGCCGCUCGGCCCCGCCUUCCGGACGCUCUCAGGGGCGGGGCCCGUGCAGUUCCUCCCCCCGGGGGCGGAGCCGGGGCCGGGCUGGGCGGGGGCUCCCGCGGCUUCCGGAACCUUCGUGCACCUGCGGAUCCAGAGCCCGUCUGGAGCAGAGCCUGGAGGGGCUGGAGACCCCCGGGACCCCCCCCGGGACCCCCCCCGGGACCCCCAGCUCCGGGGAGGGGCGGGGUUUAUGAAUAAAUAAAUUAAUGCUAAUUUAUGAAUUAAAUAAAGUGAGUUAAAUGAAAUUAA